AUGGCGGCGGCGGCGACGGCAGUGGCAGUUUGGCAGCACCCAUUCGUGGAUGUUUUCAAGCACGUGGCAACUGUGCGUAUGGAGACCAUGAGCCGUGGCGACGUGGAGCAGCUCAUGGACAAACACAUUCGAAAGAACGUGUAUCGGUUGCGGGGCAAGAUCGCCGCGUCCAACUACUUGCGCAUCCCAAAGGACAUCCACGCACUUCCUAACAUGCAUCUCACAGGCCGGUUUGUGUACAUGGAGCUCCGACGGAUGCAGUCGUCCGAGUCCGUCACGUUUCACUUUGAAGUUACGACGCGGAAAAAGACCGUGCUGCGCUUCACGUUUAGCACCAUGUACUCGAACGUCCGAAGCAUGGGGAUCAACUUGCGGUUGCCUCUCACGCUCACGGAGAAGUGGACGGUGUUGGCACUGGACAUGUUUCAACUGUUGGACUUGCAUACGUCUGCGUCCUACCACCGCGAAGGGUACGAAGCUCUGAAGGCCAUGCUGCUGUGCUCGUCGAUGUAUGUGCGGGGUGUGUUCACGUCGGACAUUCUGUACCUUCCCGAGACGCUGCCCAAAGCAAUGCAGUUCCCGCUAGUAAAAGCAAUGGACGAUGCUACGAAUGCAUGGGACGCGUCGUACGAUUGGCGAUGGAUGCCCCACCUUCCCACCGACUCGUCGACGUCGUCUGGCCUGGCCCUCGCCCCCCCCACUCAACUCCACGACGUCACAACGUUGCACUCUCCGUCGUCAACAUGUGACUCCCCAACCAAGUCCGAGCCGUCCCCCAACGCUCCCAGCAAGUCGCCGCCGUCGUCGCAUGCAUUCAACCCCACGACGCCCGACGACUGCGAGACCCAAAUGGACGCUUCUCGUGUUAAAGUGCUCGACAAAGCCGACAUGAUCCUCAAGACAGCAGGCAUCCAUCGCACGUCGCCUCCCAAGUCGUAUAUCAAGGCCAAGUACGAGCCCACAGGCGUGUACACCCCGCAAAAGUACGGCCAGCACGCCGGCUUUCACGCUGCAAACCCUGUUGCAUUUCCAUCCCCUGCGCUGUCGUUGCGUCGGGUGAUUGGGUACUCGGUGGAGCGCCGCCGAGCGCUGGCAUGGGCGUCGACAUCGUCCACGUUCUUUUACGCGUGCGAGUCGACGGUGAUUGUCGGUCGGCGCCCCCCCCCGUCUGGUCAAAGCGAAACGACCUCGUCCCCUUUCGUUGAUCAAGAGUUCCUCCUUGGGCACACCGACGACGUCACAGCACUCGCGUACUCGUCGGCCGCGGGCUUGCUGGCGUCGGCUCAGGGCGGCGUGUCCCCCAGCAUUCGUUUCUGGCUCCUCUCCCCAAAGGGGCACUGCAUCGCGUCGGUGAAAGCGCACGCCCACGGCGUGGACACCAUCGCAUUCUGCCCCCACGGCACACAACUGUGCGGCGUCGGCCACGACAGCAAGCGCCGGACGCAAAUCCUCGUGUGGGACGUCACGACGCCGUCGCAGCCCGUGUGCGUGGCCAAACAGUUGACCGAUUACGCGAUCGCCAACAUCAAGUUCUCGCCGCACGAGCCGGACCGCCUCGUGUCCUGCGGCCGCGAAAGCAUCCGGUUCUGGCGCGUCAAGAACGGCCACCUCCCCGGGUGUGCCGUCGUAUUACACGAGUACGCGCGCGACACGCUCUUUACAGACCUGGAUUUUGACCCAGUCGUGAUGGGCAACCAGCCGAGCCGGCCGCUGUACGUGGCGUCCUCCCACGGCACGGUCCUCGUCGUCGACUACGACUCGAUGGCGCUCACGUGCGUGUACAAGCUGCACGACGGCCCCAUCCACUGCCUCCGUGUGAACGAAGGGUUCUGCGUGACCGGGGCCGCCGACGGGUACCUCCGGGUGUGGCCCCUCGACUUUUCCGACUUUUACCUCGAGGCGUCGCACGAAGCGCCGGUCGCGUCGGUCGAUCUGUCGGUCGACGGGCUGCACGCGCUCAUCGGGUGUGUGAACGGCACCAUUGGUGUGCUUGAGAUCAGCACUCAGCAGUACACGACCGUCGUGCGCGCACACACGGGCGCCAUCAGGGCGCUGGCACUGUCGCCGCGCUCCGACUCGUUUGUAACGACGUCGACAGACGGCACGAUCCGCGUGUGGGAUGUGACCACGGGCACGCAAACGUACGAGUUUCAAGACGACGACAGGGCCGCGACUGCCAUCGCGUACCACCCCCGAAGGGACGUGGUGGCGGUCGGGUUUGCGUCUGGCACGCUCCGGCUCUUUGACAUUCCGACCAUGCAAAUCCACGAAACGUACCAGCAGCACCGCGGCGCCGUGGCGAGCGUCGUGUACGGCCGGUCCGCGUGCUACUCGAGCGGCGGGGACGACCGCCAGUUGUGCUGCUACCAAGCGCACGCCACUACCGUCCACAUGGUCAACUGCGCGUUUCCAGAUGGCCAAGGACAUUUGGCACUGGACACCACGCUCAAACUAGUCGCCGUGGUGGGCAAAGACGCCCUGGCGAUUGAACUCCGAGACAUGUACACGCUGCGCAUCGUGCGGUCCGUUCGCGGCAAACAUGCCCCGCCGCUGACACUCCUCGGGUUUGUCCAGUCCCAAGUGGUGGCGCUCGAAGCCCCGUCCCAACGCGUCGUGUUCUUCUGUGCGACGUCGGGCGCGACGCUGCAUACGUUUCCGGCGCUCUGCAGUGGCGGGCCCAUGGGCGACGUCGCGUUCACUUCGUCGGGACGGUACGCCUUCACCGGACGGGUCGACCAGUCCCAACUCCACGUGGUGAUGCUGGAAACGUCCACGCAAUUGCGCGCCGUCCAGUUGUUUGCGGGUCAGGCGUCCGGCGUCACCCACAUCCAGCUGUGUGCUGACGGUCGAACUAUCGUGAGCUACGGCGCAGGCUCGGCGGUGUACGUGUGGUCGUUUCACGGACCCUCACCGGACGAUGGAGAGAUGCAGGACAAGGAUGGCUCGCCAGGUAACAAUCCCCACGACGGAGUUGACGACGACGACGAAGCGUUGUAUGACCUGCCCCAGCCAGUGACACGCGAGAAUAACGACACCUGCGACGACGACGACGAGAUGCCCAAUGUCCGCGGACUCCUUCCCACGCCCAUCCAGCCACCGACAAAAGAACGAGAAGUCGUGCACCCGGUGCAAGCCCCCAUGACGUGCUCGCUCCUCCAUACGUUGGGAUGGAACAUGAUGGAGGCUCGGGGGUCGUCCCCCGUGGUUGUGUGGUCGUCCGCGACUGGCCAUGUCGUUGCCGCCGCUGGUGCGACGCUGCUGGUCGAGUCCCCCAACGACCCGCGCCAGAAGACUGUGCGACACCACCGUACGGACGUGUUGGGGCUGAGUGUGUCGCCCGACGAAGGCAUGAUGGCGAGUUAUGACGUGGAAUGUAUCGGGGUCUGGAACUUUGACAGGUGGGAAGACGUACACGUGUCUUUGCUUUGGCCCAAGGAUACCGUCGCUGGUCUAGUUGUAUGGAGCACGGACGGGUCGCAUCUGGUCGGAGUGGCCACGUCAGCUCAUAACCAGAGUACGCUGCUGUUGUGGAACGUCCAGACAAAGCAACUAGUAGCCCAAUCACCCGCCACCAUCCCCCGGACAGCCAUCCGCCAAGCCGUGUGGGUUCUACACGACAGCGACGACAUGCACGACAACAACGUCCUCUUUUGCACCAACGCGCCGUUCCAAGCUUGGGCCGUCGACGACUCCAAGAUGCUCGUUCCCGUGGACCUUUUGCCCGACUCGUCUGUGACACUGUUGCAGACGUCGCCGAGGUUACCCCAUUGCGUCCUCGUGUAUUCCGCGAUGGACCACACUGUGUCCUUCUACGACCUGCGCAGCCACACGAUCACGGGCCCCGUCUCGACGUUGCACCGACGCCAUUCGGUGCGGCACUUGCAUUGGGUGCAUCCAUUUCUGAUCAUCGCCACCGACACCGCUCCGUGUGUGUGGGUGUACGAGCUCCAUCUUGACACGCUCACCGUGUCGCAGCACACGUCGACGACGCCCGACGACUUGGAAAUCCACACGGUGAGGCUGGACUGUCCAAUCGCAAGCAUGUCAUGGAACGAUCGCGGCCAAGGCAUCGUCGUGACCGCGAGCGGGGCGCUGUGGUAUGUGGAGGCGGACGCACACAGCAAGCAGCUGCUCCGACGAGCCCACGACGGUCCCAUCGAGUGUGUCGCCGCCACAGCCACCCACGUCAUAACAGUCUCCCGAGGUCGCAUGAUUCGGCUGUGGCUCACUGCGACGCUCGACCAAGUGGCAGCAACCGAGGUGACGUGCGCCGGAGCGAUUUCUGUGGACGUGAACGCCUCCGGAUGCGUGGUGGGGUUCCAAGACGGGUCGUUUCGCGUGUUUGAUUUGACCCUGACACUGGUGUACUCGUCCUCCGCUAAGUCAAUCGAUAGACUUGACCAAGUUGCACGACCUAUCUCCCCACCAACAACCAGCCCUCAUCGAAAGCCAUCGACCCCCUCCACCGCCCCCGCCGUCCGACCUCCCCUCGACCACGUCCACUUCCUCGGCGACUCGGCAAGUGUCCUCCUUGCAUCCACGAGUGGCCUCUGCCUUCUGUUCAACAUCCCCACCAAACACAUGCAACGCAUCGCGCUUCCCUUCGGGAUGCCCCAUCAUGACUCUGCCCCUCCAAAUGUGCUCGCGUCCCAGACCAAGAUCGACGGGUCCCUAUUGGCUGUACGCAGCGGCGGCUCAUCCACGUGGCUCGUGGUGUGGCAAUCCAGCGCCAGUGAAAAAUGCUACGUCCACGUGUUUGCCAACGGCACGACCACCCAAGACGCAUGGGAGCUCGUCGGGACGAAGCGGGAACACGCCGCGAGCGCUCUGUUCGAGUCGCCGUCGGUUUCAUCGGUGGUUGUGUACGUGUCACAUGGAGCGGUGGAAGGGCGGUGCUAUGUGCAGCGCCAAGUGUUGUGGCGGGUCAACGUCCAUGCAGUGCCGACGUCGAUGGAGCGAUAUGGGGCUCGAGCGCUUCUUUGCCGCAGCAGGGAUACGUCAAGAACGUUGGGUGAACGAGGAGCUGUCCUCCCGUUGUUCUACUUGCUCGAUGUUGCCAGCAGCACCAUCCACAUGCCUACGCCGGAGGAUGUUGAGGCCACCUCGAUCAAUGAGGCCACGGCCUUGGUCGUGUCGGGGUACAAGGUGGUGUCGUGCCGCGCAAAUCGGUUGUCGACCAUUGAAUUGGGUGUCAGUUAG